AUGUCACUGUCUGGUGGAUGGGAAGUUCGGUUCAGCAAUUCGCGGCGGCUCCCUUACUUUUAUAACCCCACGACUCGUGCGUCUAUGUGGGAAUUGCCUGACGGGAUCACGGAGGAACAGGCGCGCGCGUUGCCAGGCGGUCAGCUGCUUGGAGAAGCGUCGCAGAGCAACCGUCCGGCCCAGGUACGCGCAAGCCAUUUGCUGGUAAAGCAUCGAGAUAGUCGUCGUCCUAGCAGCUGGCGCGAGCCUACCAUCACACGCACAAAGGACGAAGCAAUUACACAGCUUCGUGAGUUCCAGCAACAGCUUGGAUCACAGCCAAAUGUGCAAACAUUCUCGCAGCUGGCCGGCCAGUAUUCAGAUUGCUCAUCAGCGCGCUCAGGAGGCGACCUCGGCUCGUUUUCACGCGGCCAAAUGCAGCGCCCCUUCGAAGACGCAGCGUUCGGCCUAUCUGUGGGUGAAAUGAGCGAUAUCGUCGAGACAGAUAGUGGUGUGCAUCUAAUUCUCCGCACUGCUUGA